ACAUGACGAUUAUGAUGAACCAGCUUACAAACGAAGAAACUGUUUAUUCCAGUCUGUUGAGUAAGAUCAGUGAAGGCAAGAUUGGAGACCUCAGUAUCAACUCUAAAAGAUCUGUAAUCACGCAGAAUGAUCACAAAAUUGAUCAUCUGUCUCUAUCACCUGAAGUUGUGUCUGUUUUGGAAAGAGACCCAGUUGAGUUUACCUGCACUUUGAAUGGUAUGUUUCCCAUCCCUGAUGCCAAUCUCAGAGUGACAUGGAGCCUUAAUAAUUACAAGAUCAAAUCUCUGGAACACUCCAGGCUUCAGACGUCCGUCUCAAAACAUUUACACCAGUGGCAGAGUACACUACACUUCAGGCUAACUCGACUGAAGGAUACUGGAAUGGUUAAGUGUGCUGUUGAGUCUGGUGGCGAGGUGUUCAGUGCCACUGGUCACCUGCGUGUGUUGGUUAAACCAACAGUCUUACUAGUUCCUGCGAUGCUGGUGGUGAAGAAAUACGAAGAUGGCGUCCUCUCCUGUCACAUCUACAACAUUCCAGAACACAUUCGGGUCGAGGUCACAUGGUGCAAGGAUGGCAUAAUUUUCUCACCAUUUUCAGAUGCAGAACAAGUAAGACGUUUUCCUGACCAUGAAGAACUUCAUCUGACUUCUUUAACCAGCAAUCACGUUUAUUCGUGUGGCCUUCACAGGUUCACAGACCCAUGUGCAACCACUUCCAUGGUGAGGGUAACUGAAAGAGAACCCGUCCCGUGUAAGCCAGACACUGAUGAGAAGGGGAUGUUCUGGAACACCACUGCUGUAGGAGACAUGGCAGUAGUUCCAUGUCCACCAGGAACCAUUGGUAUGGUGACAAGGAAAUGUCAGGACGGUCCUAGAGGUAUUGGGAUAUGGAAGCCAGCCAGCUACAGACACUGCAUGAAGGAAACCUUCUUGAAACUCGCCAGAAAGAUUCAGGAUCUAAAAGAUGGUUUGGAUGUUGAGAGUGUUACAAUGAUCCUGGAAGAAUUUUCCAAUGUAACCGAAUCAUUGCCAGAGGACUCAAACAUGGGAGAUAUAAUGGCGAGCACUCACAUGUUGGUUGAUAUCAGUGAUAUCACAGCCGAGAGAGCCGAUGAGGUCACUGAACGUCAGUCUGAGCUGUUUGUUGAUGUUGUUAGCAAGAUCUUGGAUGAUGACACCUCUGAAAAUUGGAAGCAAAUGUAUGAGGAGACAGGAGAGAGUGCCUCAAUGGUGAUGAGUUCACUUACUACAUUCAGCAAAACUAUCUCUAGGACUUUACCAGAAAACCAGUCUCUUGUUAUAGAGAAAGAAAAUCUUGUGUUAAAAGUGAGCAAACAACCCGUGGACAAUGUUGUGUUCCCAAAACAAGUGACCAAGAACAAGACUAGGAAUGUGUCAACCUUUCUAUUCAUCUCCAAGUUGGCACUGCAGAAAGAAUUUGGAGAUGAGAUUGUGGAGAUAUCAACAGUGUUGUACAAAUCACUGGCUAAAAUCCUACCAGAUGUAGAACUCGAUAAAACAAAUGUUGCCACAGAAAUCAACACUCAAGUUUUGUCGAUAGAUUUUCCAUCCAAACCAAAGCUAUCCCUUGACCCUCCAAUAGAGUUUACAUUUGAACAUAUUGCGGAAAGAGUUGAAAGAAUGUUAGGCAAAGUUGUGAUUGAUUCCAUGAUCCACCAUCAGGUGUUCAUCCCUCGGAGGACUGCCACUUCCCUAACAUAA